AUGAAAUAUGAGCUUGUGUUCAUACCGUUUCCAGUAUCCGGUCAUCUCAGAUCAGCAGUCGAGAUGGCGAAGCUACUAGUCGACCAAGCAAACCACCUCUCAAUCUCCGUAAUCAUACUUCCUUUCCUUUCCGGACGCGAUGAUGUCGGUGCUUCUGACCUCUCCGACGCAUCCAACGAACGCCUCCGCUACGAGUUGAUCUCCGACGAAGAUCAACAAAACGCAGAGCCGGCGGGGCUUGACAUGCAUAUCAACAAUCAGGUGCCAAAGGUGAGACGCGCCGUUGCAAAACUCGUCGAGCACAAGUCGACGAGGCUUGCAGGGUUCGUCCUCGACAUGUUCUGCACCUCCAUGAUUGAUGUGGCGAACGAGUUCGGUGUUCCGAGUUAUAUGUUCUACACCUCCAGCGCCGGGGCUCUCCGACUCAGACUUUACUUUCAGCAACUGGACGAUGAGAAUGAGUUUAACUUCAGUGAGUCAGAUUUGGAUGACUCGGAAGCUGAAUUGGUCAUUCCGGGUUUGACUUGUCCGUAUCCGGUGAAGUGCCUUCCUCGCAAUCUCUCUUCGAAAGAGUGGUUCUUGAUCUUUGUAAACCAAUCAAGAAGAUUUCGAGAGAUGAAUGGCAUUUUGAUAAAUACCGUUGCUGAGCUUGAACCCUAUCCGUUGGAGUCACUCUCGACUGGUUUUCAUCCGGUUUAUCUAGUGGAACCACUGUUGCAUCUUGAGAACCAAGUUGAUGAUUCCAAGGAAGAGAAACAAACUGAGAUUUUAUCAUGGUUAGACGAGCAACCGGCUAAAUCGGUUGUGUUCCUGUGCUUUGGAAGCUUAGGAAGUUUCAGUGAGGGCCAAGCAAGAGAAUUCGCGGUUGCAUUGGAGCAAAGCCGCCACCGUUUCCUCUGGUCUCUCCGCAGCUGA